AUGGGAGUCGUAGCAGUCGCCGGUGGCACCGGAAAUAUGGGCCGCACUAUUGUCGAUGCUCUCGUCGCUUCUAAGAAGCACAAGACCGUGAUUUUAUCUCGAAAGCCUAAUCCAGAUUUGGAAAGGGAGCUUGGAGUUCCAAUCAUUGCUGUCGACUAUGACAACGUCAAGGCGGUCACUGAGGCCCUUGAGCAAAACAAUGUUGACACUGUCAUCUCUGCCAUCAUGAUGAUGCCCGGCCCAGGCGGCGAUCCCAAGGAAGUUCAGCUCAUACGCGCCGCAGAUCUCUCCAAGACUACCAAGAGAAUGAUUUCAAGCGACUAUGGACUUCCCCAUUCUGAAGGGCACGAUGAACAGCUUCCCUCUGUCAUCUACAAAAAGAAAGCGCAAGAGGAGCUCAAAACUGUCAAAGAUCUCGAAACCACUCGGAUUAUCUGUGGCCAGUUCAUGGACUACUGGGGAAUUCCUGGAGUUAAAUCACACUUUAGCGCCUUCCCUAUCGCUCUCGACAUCGCCAAUGACGCUGCGGUCAUCCCUGGCGACGGAAACACGCCUGUCAUAAUGACCCAUACCUCUGACGUGGGCAAAUAUGUAGCCGCCAGCCUUGAUCUAGAGAAGUGGGACCCCGUUCAUUACAUUGCAAGCGAUAAGGUUUCUUUGAACGAAUUACUUUCCUAUGCUGAAGAGGCUAAAGGCAAAAAAUUCUCGGUCACGUAUGACAGCGUAGAAAGCUUGAAGCAGGGUCAUUUGACGGAGCUCCCAGGUCAGGCGGCCAACUACAAAUAUAUCCCUAAGGAGGUUUUGCAGAAGCUGCUAGUUGCGUUCCAUCUUUGGUACGCAGAAGGAGUGUUCAACUUUGAACAUGGAACGACUCUGAACGACAAGUUUCCGGAUAUCAAGCCCCUCAAGGUUAAGGAGAUGAUUGACAGAGCUUGGAAGAAAGACUAG